AUGUCGACAGCAGAGGUUCCCGUGAACGGCCGCUUUCCACAAGAAAACAUCCAGGGACAUGGUCCUAUCUGGAUUCAUAGUAUGACCGCUACCGUCUCCUUGGCCGCCUCCGACACACCGUUUGAAAACAUCAUCCUCCAGGUCCUCAAAGUCGAAAUGUCAUGCACAGGCAACCUCGACACUCACACUAUCCUCGUCGAAGACGCUAGCCUUCUCCGCAUGUUUCUAGUGAAGGACAACGCUGUAUUCAUCGAUUUGGAUGCUCUCAACGUACCCGUACUAGUCUUCGCGUUAGAAGCUGCGGGUCCCAUGCCUGAUAACGAAGGAGAAGAAGAUACCGACGAGGACUUCGAGAUGCUACAGAAUGCUUGGAGAACUUGUCGUCUCAUGUGGAAGCGGGGGAAAGAUGUUGCUGGUCAAGCCAGCAGUGCUAAUCGCGCCGGAAUUCCAGUAGUAAGAUCAGGAAAUGGUCUGAAUGGAAAGCGACGACGGGUAUACACACAGCAAACAGCAGAUCCUUCACGUACCCCGAAGACGCUAAAAUCUUCUGUACAAGCUGGCGGAGACGCCAUCCUGCAGCUAGAAGACGACGAGUGGUUUAGUAACGCUGCAGUGGCUCCGAUACUAGGAGAGAGUUCUUCGACCGAACACCAGAGCAAGCAAGACUUCAAGGAUCAUGAUGAGGCCGAGUACGAUGACGAAAUUGACGAAGAUUUUGACCCGUCUAACAAGGUGAAGGCGAAGCGUCCAGAUACCCACAAGGCCCCUACAUCAUCCAAGAAGUCAAUGGGGAAGAGGCCCAGGAAGCCCAUAUCGUCUGCUACGCCGCGCAAUGUGAAGCCUCGCAAUCCAACAGUAAUGAUCUGGCCAACCACCAUAAUCACAACCGGUACCGCGGGAGGCCGUCUGCGUCCUCUUAUGGUAGAGAUGGGCCAAAUAUUGACGACAGAUGCUCAGCGCGAAGAGUACAUGGAUCUCGUCUGGACGCGUCGCCGAGCCGCUGAAGGUGACGACAUUGCCAAGCAAGCCGUUAUCCAUGACCUCGAAACAUUUGUGCGUGCUCAUGGUAUUGUGGACCAGCACAACUUGUGGGCGCGUUGGAUGGAGUCUGGCAUCAAAACCGCCAUGCCCAUGUACAAGCCGGUCGGUACUGGUGAGAUGGAUCCGACUGAGAGGAAGCAAAUGUUUGAGAGAAAGAAGGCACGUCGGACUUAG